ACAUGUGCAGUCGGGGUUUGUCUGGGAUUUCAGUUUCUCUUCCGAAAAUUUUGUGUCUAGUGCGUGCUUAUUAUGGCAAAUGAAGUUACUCAAAGUAAAGAGGAGCACAAUGAAGGAAAAAAUAACAAUGAAACGGAAGUAGAAAGUACUGAAAAUUCUCCAGUUCGUAAACCAGGUACUGGCGAUACAGUUAAAGAUGACUGUGAGAAUGGUAACUUGAAGAUGAAGAAUAAGAUACAAUUAAAUGGCCACUGUAAAGAUGACAGUAGCAAUUCAGAUGAAGAGAAAAGCAUUAAAGAGAAUGGACUCCAAAAUGGAGAGAAGAGCCCUGAAAUUAAUGGUGAAGAGAAAGAAAAGGUUGUUAAUGGUGUUGACAGAACGGAGGAGGAAGAUUCUGCCCUCGAAAAAGGAGAGCUAGAAGCGAAUGAAAAAGGAACCGCAGAAAAGAAAGAGGAAGCAGAAGUUGUUUUUAUUCAAGACAUGGGAUUCACUGUCAAAAUUAUUAGUCCUGGCACUGAAUCUUUUGAUAUUCAGGUGUCCAGCAUGGAGUUAGUGCAAGAAAUCCAUCAGCUUUUAAUGGAUCGUGAAGAAACGUGCCAUAGAACUUGUUUUUCACUCCAGCUUAAUGGAAAUACUCUCGACAAUUUUGCUGAACUGAAAAAUAUUGAUGGGUUAAAAGAAGGCUCUAUUAUAAAGGUAGUUGAGGAAGCUUAUACAAUGCGUGAAGCACGUAUUCAUGUUCGCCAUGUGAGAGAUCUUUUGAAGUCUUUGGAUCCUGCCGAUUGUUACAAUGGAGUCGAUUGCAACUCAUUGUCGUUCUUAAAUGUUAUAACUCAAGGCGAUAUUCUUGAAAAAAAGAAAAAUAGGGCCGAAAGUGUGGACUGUACUCCUCCAGAUUACAUUAUGCCAAAUAGCAAAGAGCGACCACCUCUCCUUCCAUUACAGCCAAUGGCAAAGGAGCAGAAAGGUCCACAAUGUAUAAAGGUGCUGACUACAUCCGGUUGGAACCCUCCACCUGGCUACAGGAAGAUGCACGGUGACCUCAUGUACUUAUAUGUAGUAACUAUGGAAGAUAAGCACCACCAUAUCACUGCCUGUACUAGGGGCUUCUUCCUUAAUCAGUCGUCAGAAGAAGAGUUCAAUCCAAAGCCAGCUGUGCCCAGCCACUUGUGCCACUCAUUGAUAGAGCUCUUAAACCAGCUUAGCCCAUCUUUCAAAAGAAACUUCAGUAUCUUGCAAAAGAAAAGGACUCACAGGCAUCCUUUUGAGAGAGUCGCAACGCCUUAUCAGGUUUAUGCCUGGUCAUCACCUCAGAUAGAACACACCGUCGAUGCUAUUAGAGCAGAAGAUACAUUUUCUUCUAAACUUGGAUAUGAGGAACAUAUUCCUGGUCAGACAAGAGACUGGAAUGAAGAGCUCCAAACCACACGGGAACUCCCUAGGAAAAAUCUUCCAGAAAGGCUGCUCAGGGAGAGGGCCAUUUUUAAGGUGCAUAGUGACUUUGUUGCCGGUGCGACAAGAGGUGCUGUAGCUGUAAUAGAUGGAAAUGUUAUGGCCAUUAAUCCUGGAGAGGAUUCAAAGAUGCAGAUGUUCAUUUGGAACAAUAUAUUUUUCUCUCUAGGCUUUGAUGUGAGAGAUCAUUAUAAAGAACUCGGAGGUGAUGCUGCUGCAUUUGUUGCUCCUAGAAACGAUCUUCAGGGUGUCAGAGUAUACAGUGCUGUGGAUCUUCCCGGACUUUAUACAUUAGGAACUGUUGUGGUUGAUUAUAGAGGUUAUAGGGUCACUGCUCAGUCGAUUAUACCUGGCAUCUUGGAGAGGGAGCAGGAACAGUCUGUGGUUUACGGCUCCAUCGAUUUUGGGAAAACAGUCAUCUCGCACCCAAAGUACAUGGAUCUUUUAAAUAAAGCUGCUCAACAGUUGAAAAUGCUUCCGCACAAGGUAUUCAAUGAUCAAAAUGAGGAAAUAGAAUUGUGCAGUAGCGUAGAAUGCAAAGGUAUCAUCGGUAAUGAUGGAAGGCAUUAUAUUCUCGAUCUCCUAAGGACGUUUCCUCCUGAUGUUAACUUCCUAAAACUUGAAGGAGAGGAGCUGAGCAAAGAAUUGCAGUCAUUAGGUUUCCCGAUUGAACACAAGCAUAAGCUCUGCUGCCUUAGACAAGAGCUUAUAGAUGCAUUCGUUGAGUCUCGUUAUAUGAUGUUCAUUAAAUAUGCUGCCUUCCAUUUGCAACAAUUAGGUGCUAAGAAACAGAAAGAAAGGGAAGCUCAACUUGCCAAUAAUGAAAUAGAAGCUAAGGAAAAAACCCUAGAGAUCAAGACUGAAGUAUCGAAUGAAAGUAAAAAAGAAGAAAAUAAAAAAGAAGUGGAAAAAAUGACAGAAGAAACUUCUAUGGAACACGCUGAAGCCAAAAAAAUCGUUGAAAGUAUUACAGACUCCAUUACAAGUGGAGAUAAACAAGAAUUUGAAGAAAGCACUAAAGAGAUUGUAAAACGUGCUGCAACGGCAGUCGGUUCUCUUAAGGAAACCGAAUUUGAUAUUAGGUUCAACCCAGACGUCUAUUCUCCUGGUGUGAAGCAUGUCGAUAACAUUUCUGCUCCAGAUUCUCUCAAAAGGCAGCGCCAACUAGUCAAAGAUGCUGCAGAUUUCCUAGUCACUACUCAAAUACCUAACUUUAUAAGAGAACUGCUGGACCACUCUUCUGCUCCUAUGGAUGGUAUCACCCUCUCCGAGAGCCUCCACAGCCGAGGUAUCAACAUAAGGUACCUCGGGAAGAUAACUGCCAUGCUUUCCAAAAUGAAGCAACUAGAGUAUCUCCAUACCAUUGCUGUUUCAGAACUAAUAACACGAGCUGCUAAGCACAUAUUCAAUGUUUAUAUGCAGAGUACUGAAAUGAUGAGCUUGUCAGCUGCUGUCAGCCAUUUCUUAAACUGUUUUCUUUCUUCUUGUCAAACUCAACACCAUCCCCAAAACAUCACUGAUGAGAUGCAGAGCAAGACAUCGAAAAGAAGGAAGCAAGCGGGAAAGAGAAAGGGGCGGCUGAAUCUUUUGUUGGCUGAUAGCAACGAGUGGGCAACCCUUACGCCUAAGGGUCUUUGGUCACAGCUAAAGAGCGAGCUUAAGGCCUACUACGAUUGGGAACUGAAGGCUGACUCCAUAGAUGCAGCUGUAGAAGCGUACGGCUUGCAAAAGAUUUCACUGCUGAGGUCAUUCUGUCUUAAAACAGGAAUUCAGAUUCUCAUAAGGGAAUACUCUUUCGAUACCAAAAACAAGCUUACAUUCUAUGAAGAAGACAUUUUGAACAUUUUCCCGGUUGUUAAACAUAUUAAUCCCCGGGCAAGCGAUGCCUACAACUUCUACACUACUGGUCAAAACAAAAUUCAACAAGGUUUCCUAAAGGAAGGAUACGAGCUCAUCAAUGAAGCUUUGAAUCUCCUUAAUAAUGUAUAUGGUGCAAUGCAUCCAGAAAUCGCGCAGUGCCUGAGGAUGCUCGCUCGCCUCAACUACAUUAUGGGAGAUCAUGCCGAAGCGAUGGGUAUUCAACAGAAAGCUGUCCUCAUGUCGGAGAGGGUCAAUGGAAUCGAUCACCCUUAUACAAUUACUGAAUAUACGCAUCUUGCUCUUUACUGCUUUGCAAAUGGCCAAGUUUCUACUGCUCUUAAGUUGCUGUAUCGGGCUAGGUAUUUGGCCCUCUUGGUCUGUGGCGAGAAUCAUCCAGAAAUGGCUCUCCUUGAUAGCAAUAUCAGUUUGAUCCUCCAUGCAGUCGCAGAAUAUGAACUUUCCCUUAGGUUCUUAGAAAAAGCUCUUGAACUGAACAUGAGGUAUUACGGUCCUAAAUCCCUGAAAGUGGCAGUCAGUUACCAUUUAGUAGCCAGGACGCAGAGCUGUAUGGGUGACUUUAGGUCUGCCUUGAAUUCGGAGAAGGAAACAUACGCUAUAUAUAAACAUCAGUUGGGAGAGGACCAUGAAAAAACAAAGGAGUCUUCCGAAUGCCUCAGGCAUUUAACACAUCAAGCAGUCGUCCUCCAGAAGAAGAUGAACGAGAUAUACACAGGCAAACCAGGUGCAGGUCUUCCUCCGAUUCAAAUACAACCCCCUUCAAUGGGAUCGGUUCUUGAUAUGCUCAAUGUCAUUAAUGGAAUCCUUUUCGUGCAAAUAAGCCGUCAGGACAUUGAAAACUUCAAGGCGAAAAUGGAAAAAGGAGAAGAGAUAGAAACUGAAAUUCCAAAGCCUGUUGAAUCUAGUUGAACCUAAUUCAUUAUUUUCCCCUGAGUAUUUUGCUGACUACAUAUUUUUUGAAAUCAAAGAGAAAGAAAAAAAUUCUUAUUUUUACCUCAGUAUACCUAAAAGCUUUAAGAGUUUAGGUAGAUUAUCAUUUUUAAAGAGAGAGAUAUAUUUGAAAACUGACACUUAUUUUUUUACAUUGGAUUCAUAUUGUUGAUGUUUGCAAGUUUUUAAUUGUAUAAAAUUUCCUUCUUGCAAACUUAUUAGAACUGUCGAAAGAAUUGUGCCUUUUCUUUCAUUUUUUGAUCGAAAGUGCUAGUACAAAUGGACCGAUGUAUUCUCAUCACUGUCAUUCAAAUCUAAUAUCUCCGACAAUGUUUACAGCUGAAAGUUCAACAUCGAUCGGCCGAACGAAGGGGGAAUGAAUAGUCUAACAGGCUUUAUAGUAGUCAUUUAGUGAUCAAAGUUUUUUCUAUGGUUUAUAGAUAGUGAUAUUCUUUAGUACGUUGUAUAUAGUUACUAUAUAGUGUGUUCAUGGAUUUGUAUAUAGUUUUGUCACAAAUAUGAAGCCAAAAGAGCUUUAAAGCCAACUCUAAAUAUGUGACCAAAAAUAUUUAAAAAAAUAAAAUAAAUAUAUAUAUAAAAAAAUUGUCCUUAGACAAGUAAACAGUUGUUAAUUAAAUAAAAAAGUUGUAAAAUUUGACAGCAUAGUAAAUGCUUAAACUUAAUUUAUUCAGUGAACUAAUAAGUCAUAUCAGGUAUGUUUAGUUUCAUUUAAAUUGAAAAAAAACAAAACAAAUAUAUAUAUAUUAUAGAUGAACUGGAUAUAUUAUUAAGGCCUAUCAAAUUUACUUUUUGUUUUUGUUAGAACCCUAGAGUAGAUUAUAAUGCCAUGUUGUUUUUGUUACUCCUGAUAGUAGGAGUGAUUAGUUAGUUGAAUUAGUAAUUGUUACUGUUUCUGUUUUUUAUUUUGAUUUAGCAAAAUAUUUUGUUUAUACAUGAAACUUGUUAUUUUUGUUGGUUCCUUUUUUAACUCUCAACUAUGAAGUCAUUUGUUAACACCUCAAAUUUUUUAUAUAUUGAAAAAAAAGUUUAUAAUUUUCUCAGAAUUUAUUUUUUCUAUUGAUCGGAUGAAGAAAUCAAUUGUUAAAUGAGACAUGUAUUACAAAUGACUGAAUUUCGUUCAUUGUAAGUUACCUUACUUAUAAUUGUUAUAAAAAAAAAAUUGAAAUCGAUUUCGAAAAAUCAAAUUAUCAUAAUUUAAUGUAUUUAGCAAUAAAUCAUCAAUUUAACUUUUAUCUUACUUUGUACACAGUAAGAAACAAGACUGCUCUAAUAAUUACUUGUGAUCUUAAUGAUUCAGUUUAUUGCAAAAGGUUGUAUAUAUGUUGAAAUUGUUAUGCUUCUGAGUGGCCCAAGCUUGCGGUGAGUCAUUCGUUUUUUUGUGCUCAUUUCGCAGUGGAUAACAACCACUUUGUUAGGUUCGAUACACUUCAUAUGUUGACAAUUGUAUAAAAUAAAAUUGAUAG